AUGGAAGCAAGCGAGGAUUGUAGCGACAAACGCCUUUUUGAGGGAUACUAUAACAACAUCGAAAGUCUUUCUAGUUUCAAUGAUGAUCGUGUGAAAGUACUGCUAUCGCUCUCAUUGGACGGAUUCGUACCAAGAAGAAUACAAAGUCUGACUUCUCACUGGUUCCUAGUACAGAAAAGAAAGUAUACGUUAACGUUUAGGCGCGAAAUAUGGCCACUAUGUCUUCGUGUAGAUGGCCUUCCUCCAUCUGAAGCGGACAAGUUUAUCAAUUCAAUUGUAGCCGGAACGAUGCUUAGCCGUCUCAAGCCCUCCGAAAAAAUGAUAGAACUUUUUAGCAGGCUGGACUCUGAGCUUAGAAGUUUGCGCGAGGCUCCUCUGGAGAUAGUAAUCGGAGAUGUGCUUUGGACCGUUGAAGUUGAGCUAUUCCGUGCUGAUAUGGCGGUGAUACUUCGCAUAUGCGUUACAUGUCCGAUCUUGAGUUUCGAGAUUCAGGCUCAGCAAGUGCUUUUCGGUAUUCCACGAUGGAAAUGCGGAAUAUGGAUGUUUUAA